CACUUCUCCUUUUUCUUGAUCACACUAUCCAGCACUUAGAAUACAAGGAUCAAAACUGUAAUUAAACUCAAGAAAAAGGACCAAAAAGAAAAAAGAAACAUGACAAUAAAUAAAAACAUAGUCUGGUAGUAGGUGUUGGAAAAUUUAAUUUUGGGCUACCUAAAAAGUUAGCUAUAUCACAUUUCCCACUGAAUAAUAAUAAUAGAACUAAGCUAUCACCACAUCUUUAAAUUUGUGCCAUUGUACACAUAAAAUUUCUAUCACAACAUACACAAUCAAUAUGGCCUCGACAACCACAUUUCUCAUCCUAAUUCUUAUCUCUCUAUUUUCUACGAUACUAACUCCAUCCGUUGAUGCACAGACAAUGCCUCCGAUGGCGGCUGCAGAGCCGCCAUCGAUGGCUAUGUCGCCGGCCGCAGCAUCAGGGCCGGCAACAUCGGGUGAAAUGGAUUGUAUGACAGUGUUGAUAAACAUGUCAAGUUGCUUAACAUUUGUUGAACAAGGAAGUAACUUGACUAAGCCAGAUAAAGAAUGUUGCCCAUCACUUGCUGGACUAUUGGAUAGUAAUCCAAUUUGUUUGUGCCAUUUGCUUGGUGAUCCUACAAAAACUGGGGUACAAAUUGAUGUCAAUAGGGCACUUAAACUUCCUACUAUUUGCAAAUUGGAAACUCCACCUGUUAGCACUUGUGCAGCUUUGGGUAUCCCAGUUGCAGCUCCAACAAGUGCUGAAGUUCCUACUACUUCACCUGGAGGUUUUGAUUCUAGCCCUGCUACAGCAAGUGAAGUUCCCGCUCUUUCACCUGGAGGUUUUGCUUCAAGUCCUACUUCAUCAGAGGACAAAAAUAAUGCAGCUUCAGUUAUGCCAUUUUUCAAGAUGCAAUUGGUUCUUAGCUUGGGAAUUAUGUUUUUCACAAUUAUUUAUUAAGUCGGUAUUCAUCUAUGAGAGGCAUUCGUAUAUCUUUGGAGACUUUUCCUUCUGAUUUGACCACAAAUUCUUGGAAUUAAUUCUUAGUGAGACAUUAAUAAAUUAAAUUCUCUUAUUAGGAUUGAAUUAAUUAUAUCUUGUAAUUUUCAUUAUCUUUAAUUUUCCACUCUCAAAUUGUUGAUGAGAAAUAGAUUUAUAUUAAAUUUCUCUAAUGACAUGGAUGAUACAAUUUGCCUAUUAUAAUUAUGUAAUGUAAUGUUUUACCCUCUUUGUUAAGAACUUGAGAUUUGCCA